UUGCGGAGUUCCGUUUUCCGAACUACAAAGCUGCAGCAAAGUUUCCGAUCGAGAUAGCAUGGGAGACCAUUCCAAUAGAAAGAAGAAGCACAGACAUGAGGAAGAUUCUCCCACUUCCUCUACACCUUCACAAUCUCCAUCGGAAUCGUCCCACUCGGAAAUCCACCGGCACAACCGCAGCAGGAAACGCCGUCGCGACACUUAUAAUGCUAAUUUAAGUCUACCUAAUGAAGAAACCUCAGCUCCAAGAAAGAGGAUGAUUGGACCUGCGAAGCCAUCUGCUGAAUUACUUGCAGAAGCACAGGAGGAGAUGAGGGAGGAAGAUAGCGAUAGCCAACAGUUUAUUGGACCUCCGCCUCCUGCGGUGGCGACUGAGGCUGAGUCCACAAAUGAAGCAGAGCGUUUUGAAGAGAUCACUAGAAUUAUGGGAGUUGAGGAAGACAAUAAUGGCUAUGAUGUUUUGGGAGUGAACAGAAAUAUGGCGAGUGAAAACAUGAAGAAGAGGUACUGGAAGUUGUCUCUUAUGGUGCAUCCUGACAAAUGUUCUCAUCCUCAAGCUCACCAAGCAUUUGUUAAACUCAACAAAGCGUUUAAAGAUUUACAAGACCCAGAUAAGAGAAAAGCAUUGGAUGACAAAAUAAAGCUCAAGGAGGAGCAGGAGGAAAUGAAGGCAGAUUUGCAAGCCAUGCGUGAAGCUGCACAGUGGAGACGUUUGCAAGGUAUAUCCAUGGAGGGUGAUGAUAUACUGUUAGAAACACCAAAAAGAGAUGAAUGGAUGACAACCCUCCCUCCAGAAAGAAAACCUGGCCGCAUGCCAAUGUGUUCAACAACAUUUAGCAAGAGUUCCAAGGAGGGGCGGGGUGAUACUAGUGUCUGGACAGAUACUCCUUCAGAUAGAGCACUGAAAGCCAAAAUGAAUUAUGCUUCUAAAGAACAGGAUACGAAAAGGGAAAAUGCAGAUAAUGCUGCACUUGUGGAUCAGUACAACAAGGCUAAACGAUCAAAAUCUUUGGUAGAAAAGCAUCAAGAGAAAGGUGGGAGCAAGUCCAAGAAAAAAGCAAAGCAAGAAGAAUGGGAAGGAAACCAUCCAUGGAAACCUUGGGAUCGCGAAAAGGAUUUGAAAGUUAGAAGACAAAGUGUCAAACUUGACGCCCAAAAUAUGUCAAAGGGUUUGUCUUCCAGAUUUUCUUCUGGGUCUUUCCAGAGGAACUUCCUCUAGUAAACAAACACUUUAU